UGACCCACCACAUCAGAGUGACACAAGAACCAUCUACGUAGCCAACAGGUUUCCUCAGAAUGGCCUUUACACACCUCAGAAAUUUAUAGAUAACCGGAUCAUUUCAUCUAAGUAUACUGUGUGGAAUUUUGUUCCAAAAAAUUUAUUUGAACAGUUCAGAAGAGUGGCAAACUUUUAUUUUCUUAUUAUAUUUUUGGUUCAGCUUAUGAUUGAUACACCUACCAGUCCAAUUACCAGUGGACUUCCAUUAUUCUUUGUGAUAACAGUAACAGCCAUAAAGCAGGGAUAUGAAGAUUGGUUACGGCAUAACUCAGAUAAUGAAGUAAAUGGAGCUCCUGUUUAUGUUGUUCGAAGUGGUGGCCUUGUAAAAACUAGAUCCAAAAACAUUCGGGUGGGUGAUAUUGUUCGAAUAGCCAAAGAUGAAAUUUUUCCUGCAGACUUGGUGCUUCUGUCCUCAGAUCGACUUGAUGGUUCCUGUCACGUUACAACUGCUAGUUUGGAUGGAGAAACUAACCUGAAGACACAUCUGGCAGUUCCAGAAACAGCAUUAUUACAAACAGUUGCCAAUUUGGACACUCUAGUAGCUGUAAUAGAAUGCCAGCAACCAGAAGCAGACUUAUACAGAUUCAUGGGACGAAUGAUCAUAACCCAACAAAUGGAAGAAAUUGUAAGACCUCUGGGUCCAGAGAGUCUCCUGCUUCGUGGAGCCAGAUUAAAAAACACAAAAGAAAUUUUUGGUGUUGCUAUAUACACUGGAAUGGAAACUAAGAUGGCAUUAAAUUACAAGAGCAAAUCACAGAAACGAUCUGCAGUAGAAAAGUCAAUGAAUACAUUUUUGAUAAUUUAUCUAGUAAUUCUUAUAUCUGAAGCUGUCAUCAGCACUAUCUUGAAGUAUACAUGGCAAACUGAAGAAAAAUGGGAUGAACCUUGGUAUAACCAAAAAACAGAACAUCAAAGAAAUAGCAGUAAGAUUCUGAGGUUUAUUUCAGACUUCCUUGCUUUUUUGGUUCUCUACAAUUUCAUCAUUCCAAUUUCAUUAUAUGUGACAGUUGAAAUGCAGAAAUUUCUUGGAUCAUUUUUUAUUGGCUGGGAUCUUGAUCUGUAUCAUGAAGAAUCAGAUCAGAAAGCUCAAGUCAAUACUUCCGAUCUGAACGAAGAGCUUGGACAGGUAGAGUACGUGUUUACAGAUAAAACUGGUACACUGACAGAAAAUGAGAUGCAGUUUCGGGAAUGUUCAAUUAAUGGCAUGAAAUACCAAGAAAUCAAUGGUAGACUUGUACCCGAAGGACCAACCCCAGACUCUUCAGAAGGAAACUUAUCUUAUCUUAGUAGUUUAUCCCAUCUUAACAACUUAUCCCAUCUUACAACCAGUUCCUCUUUCAGAACCAGUCCUGAAAAUGAAACUGAACUGAUUAAAGAACAUGAUCUCUUCUUUAAAGCAGUCAGUCUCUGUCACACUGUACAGAUUAGCAAUGUUCAGACUGACUGUAUUGGUGAUGGUCCCUGGCAAUCCAACCUGGCACCCUCGCAGUUGGAGUACUAUGCAUCUUCACCAGAUGAAAAGGCACUAGUAGAAGCUGCUGCAAGGAUUGGUAUUGUGUUUAUCGGCAAUUCUGAAGAAACUAUGGAAGUUAAAACACUUGGAAAACUGGAACGGUACAAACUGCUUCAUAUUCUGGAAUUUGAUUCAGAUCGUAGGAGAAUGAGUGUAAUUGUUCAGGCACCUUCAGGUGAGAAGUUAUUAUUUGCUAAAGGAGCUGAGUCAUCAAUUCUCCCUAAAUGUAUAGGCGGAGAAAUAGAAAAAACCAGAAUUCAUGUAGAUGAAUUUGCUUUGAAAGGGCUAAGAACUCUGUGUAUAGCAUAUAGAAAAUUUACAUCAAAAGAGUAUGAGGAAAUAGAUAAACGCAUAUUUGAAGCCAGGACUGCCUUGCAGCAGCGGGAAGAGAAAUUAGCAGAUGUUUUUCAGUUCAUAGAGAAAGACCUGAUAUUACUUGGAGCCACAGCAGUAGAAGACAGACUACAAGAUAAAGUUCGAGAAACUAUUGAAGCAUUGAGAAUGGCUGGUAUCAAAGUGUGGGUACUUACUGGAGAUAAACAUGAAACAGCUGUUAGUGUGAGUUUAUCAUGUGGCCAUUUUCAUAGAACCAUGAACAUCCUUGAACUUAUAAACCAGAAAUCAGACAGCGAAUGUGCUGAACAGUUGAGGCAGCUUGCCAGAAGAAUUACAGAGGAUCAUGUGAUUCAGCAUGGGCUGGUAGUGGAUGGGACCAGCCUAUCUCUUGCACUCAGGGAGCAUGAAAAAUUAUUUAUGGAAGUUUGCAGAAAUUGUUCAGCUGUAUUAUGCUGUCGUAUGGCUCCACUGCAGAAAGCAAAAGUAAUAAGACUAAUAAAAAUAUCACCUGAGAAACCUAUAACAUUGGCUGUUGGUGAUGGUGCUAAUGACGUAAGCAUGAUACAAGAAGCCCAUGUUGGCAUAGGAAUCAUGGGUAAAGAAGGAAGACAGGCUGCAAGAAACAGUGACUAUGCAAUAGCCAGAUUUAAAUUCCUCUCCAAAUUGCUUUUUGUUCAUGGUCAUUUUUAUUAUAUUAGAAUAGCUACCCUUGUACAGUAUUUUUUUUAUAAGAAUGUGUGCUUUAUCACACCCCAGUUUUUGUAUCAGUUCUACUGUUUGUUUUCUCAACAAACGUUGUAUGAUGGCGUGUACCUGACUUUAUACAAUAUUUGUUUUACUUCCCUACCUAUUCUGAUAUAUAGUCUUUUGGAACAGCAUGUAGACCCUCAUGUGUUACAAAAUAAACCUACUCUCUAUCGAGACAUUAGUAAAAACCGCCUCUUAAGUAUUAAAACAUUUCUUUAUUGGACCAUCCUGGGUUUCAGUCAUGCCUUUAUUUUCUUUUUUGGCUCCUAUUUACUAAUAGGGAAAGAUACAUCUCUGCUUGGAAAUGGCCAGAUGUUUGGAAACUGGACAUUUGGCACUUUGGUCUUCACAGUCAUGGUUAUUACAGUCACAGUAAAGAUGGCUCUGGAAACCCAUUUUUGGACUUGGAUCAACCAUCUCGUUACCUGGGGAUCUAUUAUAUUUUAUUUUGUGUUUUCCUUGUUUUAUGGAGGGAUUCUCUGGCCAUUUUUGGGCUCCCAGAAUAUGUACUUUGUGUUUAUUCAGCUCCUAUCAAGUGGUUCUGCUUGGUUUGCCAUAAUCCUCAUGGUUGUUACAUGUCUAUUUCUUGAUAUCAUAAAGAAGGUAUUUGACCGACACCUCUACCCUACAAGUACUGAAAAGGCGCAGCUUACUGAAACAAAUGCAGGUAUCAAGUGCUUGGACUCCAUGUGCUGUUUCCCGGAAGGAGAAGCAGCGUGCGCAUCUGUUGGAAGAAUGCUGGAACGAGUUAUAGGAAGAUGUAGUCCGACCCACAUCAGCAGAUCAUGGAGUGCAUCGGAUCCUUUCUAUACCAACGACAGGAGCAUCUUGACUCUCUCCACAAUGGACUCAUCUACUUGUUAAAGGGGCUGUAGUACUUUGUGGGAGCCAUUUCACCUCCUUUCCUAAAAUUCAGUGUGAUCACCCUGUUAAUGGCCACACUAGCUCUGAAAUUAAUUUCCGAAAUCUUUGUAACAGUUCACACCCACUCCGAGUUACGAUGGCAGACAAACAGAAAGCAUUAAUACAAGCCCCUCCUAACACCCUUAAUUUGAAUCUGAACAUGUUAAAAUUGGAGAAUAAAGAGACAUUUUUCAUCUCUUUGUCUGGUUUGUCCCUUGUGCCUAUGGGACUCCUAAUGGCAUUUCAGUCUGUUGCUGAGGCCAUUAUAUUUUAAUAUAAAUGUAGAAAAAAGAGAUAAAUCUUAGUAACGUGUAUUUUUUAGUAUUAGCUUGAUUAUUGACUCUUCUAUUUAAAUCUGCUUCUGUAAAUUAUGCUGAAAGUUUGCCUUGAGAACUCUAUUUUUUUAUUAGAGUUAUAUUGAAACUUUUCAUGGGAAAAGUUAAUGUGAAUACUGAGGAAUUUUGGUCCCUCAGUGACCUGUGUUGUUAAUUCAUUAGUGCAUUCUGAGUUCCACAGAGCAAAUUAGGAGAAUCAUUUCCAACCAUUAUUUACUGCAGUAUGGAUACCAAUUCCUCUAACUGUACUGUAACACAGCCUGUAAAGUUAGCCAUAUAAAUGCAAGGGUGUAUCAAAUAUACAAAUCAGGAAUCAGGUCUGUUCACCGAACUUCAAAUUGAUGUUUACUAAUAUUUUUGUGACAGAGUAUGAAGACCCUAUAGUGGGUAAAUUAGAUACCGUUAACAUAUUAUUAAUUUAAUGUCUUUAUCAUUGGAUCUUUUGCAUGCUGUAAUCUGGUUAACACAUUUAAAUUUGCUUUUUUUCCUCUUUACCCGAAGGCUCUGUGUAUAGUAUUUCAUGGCAUUGUUGUAAAGUUUAACUAUAUCAAUAAAAAGUUUGGACAGUAUUUAAAUAUUGCAAAUAUGUUUAAUUAUACAAAUCAGAAUAGCAUGGGUAAUUAAAUCAAUAAAAAGAGAAGAGCCUCUUUCUGCGACCAACUUACAAUUGCUCUUCCCCUUGUAAGCUAGAUUUUAGAAUAAAGGGUUUCAGUUAAUAAUCUUAUUUUCAGGUUAUGUUAUCUAAGUUAUAGCACACUACCACAAUACAGUGGGUUCUGCCAGUGUCCCAGUGCAAGGCAUAUUUUCAGGUGUGGCUAUGGAAUGUAAAUUGUUAAAGUUUAAAAUGCUAAACUUGUAUCAGGUAACAUUAGCAAUAAAUUACAAUGCUAAGAAUGAUUAAUCGGAUAGAUGUUACUGUAAUUAACUCAUUGCACUUCAAAACCUAACUUCCAUCCUGAAUUUAUCAAGUAGUUCUGUAUUGUCAUUUGUUUUUGUUUUGUUGAAAUGUUAUCUUAAGAUUUAGAAGUGAUUAUUAGCUUAAGAAUUAUUUAUUACCCAGCUCUAAGCAAAUAAUGAUUGUAUACAUAUUAAGAAAAUGGUUAAAUGCGGUUUUACCAAGUUUUCCCUUGAAAAUGUCAUUCUUUUAUGGAGAUUUAUUGUGCAACCCUAAGCUUCCUUGCCAUUUCAUGAAUAUAAGGCUUCUAGAAUGGGGCUGGCAGGGAAAAGAAUGGUUGAGACAAAAAUUAAGACUUUAUCUUUGUUUGCUUGUAAACUAUUUUCUUGUUAAUGUAACAUUUGUCUGUUCCAGUGAUGUAAGGAUAUUAAGUUAUUAAGCUAAAUAUUAAUUUUCAAAAACAGUCCUUCUUUAACUUAAGAUAUUCCAUAGUUGGAUUUAGGAAGAUCUGUUAUUCUGGAAAUACUUUAAAAGAAUAAUACACUGUACAGUGUCUGCAUUCACUAAUUCAUGUUCCAGAAAAGGAAUACUGCAGAUAUACUCAGUAGAGUACUUUAGUGGAGGAUAUGGAAAUUUGCUUAUAAAGUCUCUUAUAAAACGUACAUAUAACAAAAUGACAUUCAAUAGGCCUGCAUUACAUUUACAUGACAGUGUUUAUUUGCCAUCAAAUAAACUGAGUACUGACACUAGACAAAGACUCCAAAGUCAUAAAGUAGCCUAUGACCAACUGCAGCAAGACAGGAGGUCAGCUCGCCUAGAAUGGUGCUUAAAGUGUGAUUGAUGUAAUUUUCUGUACUCACCAUUCGAAGUUAGUUAAGGAGAACUUUAUUUUUUUAAAAAAAAAAAGUAAAUGGCAUCCACUAGUGUGCUCAUCCUGAACUGUUACCCCAAAUCCACUCCGUUUUUAAAGCAAACUUAUCUUGAUUUUAAGAAGAGUUUUCUAUUUAAGAAAGUAACAAUGCAGUCUACAAGCUUUCAGUAGUUUUCUAGUGCUAUAUUCAUCUUGUAAAACUCUUACUACGUAACCAGUAAUCACAAGGAAAGUGUCCCCUUUGCGUAUUUCUUUAAAAUUCUUUGGAAAGUAUGAUGUUGAUAAUUAACCCUUAUCUGCCAAAAGCAGAGCAAAAUGCUGAAUAUGUUAUUGCUAGUUAAUCAGUGGUCUCAAAUCGAUUUGCCUCCUUUUGCCUUCCUUUGCCUCGUCUGAGGGCUGUAAGCCUGAAGAUAGUGGCAAGCACCAAGUCAGUUUCCAAAAUUGCCCCUCAGCUAAGGCUUUAAGUGACUCAGCACCCUGCCUCAGCUUUAGCAGGCAUAGGCUCACCCUGGGCGGAGCAAAGUAUGGGCCAGGGAGAACUACAGCUACAAAGACCUGCUGUUGGGUUGAGAAAAGGGGAGAAUCUAUGGUCUGAAUUUUCUAACCGUCCUCUUUCUUGGAUCUAAAGCUCAUAAUAUACAAAGGCUUCCAGAGCUGAGCCCCGCCCAGGCAGUGUCCUGAACAGGAGACUACACAGAGGCAAAUCAGCCUUAGGGAACACUUGCAUUCUGCCCUACGGUUAGUGCCAGGACUGAGGCCGUUUCUACUGCAGAAGAUUGUGAGAUUGAACUUACCUGAGAGCUGGAGACUCCUGAGAAGCAGGAGUCAAGGCCACUAGAAAAUUGACAGUUAAGAGCCAAAAGUUUUUAAAAUAUGCUACUCUGAAAAUCGCUGUAGGAAAAGGGAGAAUCUUCCAUGUUGGUGUUUUUCCUGUAAAGAUCGGUUUAGGGUAUGAUAUUGGGCAGGUAUUAAUAAAAAUAGCACACCAAAGAGUUCUGUAAAACAUGUUUUAUUGAUUUUGGUCCCCACUUACAUUCUAUUUCUAGGAGUUACCUAUUUUCAUAUAAGUAAAACAUUAUUAAAGUGCUGUUUUAUGUGAAAUAACUUGAAUGUUGUUCCUAUAAAAAAUAGUUCAUAACUAAUACAUUUGUAAUAAUGGUAAUUGUUAGAUUUUUAUGAGGAAUGAGUAUCUGGAAAUACUGUAGCAAUACUUUUAGUUUAAAAUUUUGGACCUGAGACACUGUGGCUGUCUAAUGUAAUCCUUUAAAAUUUCUCUGCAUUGUCAGUAAAUAUAGUAUAUUAUUGUACAGCUCUUAGUAAUUUUUUAAAGUUUAUGAAGUUAUAUUUAUCAAAUAAAAAUUUUCCUAUAUAAUUAAAA